AUGUCUGCACCAGAAAACGCCCACAAGCGUCCAGCUGAGGACCCUGCGGCCCACGAUGAGGCCAAGCGAUCCAAAAUGGACGACACCGCAGGCGUAGAAACGCCCGAAAGCGUCGCGCUUGCCUCAACUUCUGCUCCAGCCCAAGCAGAAGCACCCGCUGGCGAACCCAUACCAAGCAACCAACCGUCCUAUACAGACCACCUCCAUGCUUCCCACCGCCGCCUCCCUGACCCAGUGUCGAAGCUUGGUCUGAAACCCACACACUGGGACCUCCCGCCUUCUCUUAAACUCAUCACUGGCUUGGACCCCGAUAUGGUCGCCCGUAAAGGCUUUGUCGGCGAGGAAGAGUGCGGUAUCAGAGGCUUUGUUGGGAAGGGAAAAGGUGUCAGGGGUGUUAUCAAACAGCGGUUUACGGAUUUCCUGGUCAACGAAAUUGGUCUUGACGGGGAGGUGGUGAGGCUCAAGAACAUUAUCAAGCCUGAGGAUCCUUCCGUGCCGAGCAAAGAAAACAAGGGAAAGAAAGUAGCAUCCGAAGAGGAUGCUCUGAACGCCGAGGCAGGAGAGGCUGAAGAAGAUAAGGAAGAGGAUCUUCCAGAGAAUCUCCGUCUUUCAGAACACCCCUCUUGGCCCAAAGGGACCACCACCACUCUUCGUGCUCACUUCUCCGACGAGACCAUCAUCGCCCUCCACGCGCUCGUUCUUCAAGGGCGAAAUGCGCCUCCCAAGGGCGACUCUGGAUGGGGUGCUCGAAAGCCCAAAGAAGGAGAGGCCAGUGCUGAUGAGUUGAAGGAGCAGGAGACGCCGGAAGAGGCUGCCAUGAACCAGGCAUCUGGGUCCGGUAGAGGCAGAGGGCAGGGGAGGGAUCGUGGACGCGGACGAGACGGUGGCAGAGGUGGGAGGGGCGGAAGAGGUGGCCGCGCCGGGGACAGGAAUGCCGACUCUGGAAGCUGGUGGCUGGCGUACGAGGAUGAGCGUGAAAUUGUCUCUCAGCCCAUAAACUCCAAAGAAGAGCGUACAGCUUGCCACAAAAUCCUUCGAGAGGUUUUCCCCAACAUGUUUGAGAGCAGCACCAAAGAAGUCAAGGGGGAAGAUUCCCAGAGACUUGCCAUCAAAUGGUCCAGUGGACAGCAGAAGACUGGUUAUGGUAAGGGCCAGCGACGUGGCGCCGACCAACCCAAGCUGGGUCCUUACAUUCAUUUCACCCUCCACAAAUCCAACCGAGAAACCAUGGACGCUCUCAACCACAUCCAGCGUCUUCUUGGCUGCCAACCCAAGGACCUCACCGUAUGCGGUACCAAGGACAAGCGAGCCGUCACUGUGCAGCGGGUCUGCUUUAAGCGCACUGGCCGAUCUCUUGUUACCGCCUGGCGCUCCCUGAAUGGGAUCAGGCAAGGGUGGAGGACCGAGAAACAAGCUUUGGAAGAGAGGGGUGACAGGGGUGUACGAGUGGGCGAUUUUGAAUACUCGGACAAGUAUCUCGAGCUGGGUAUGUUGAAGGGCAACAGAUUUAUGAUCACCUUGAGGAAUGUAGAGGCGGAAAGUGUCGAGGAGAUUGACCGCACUAUGGCGAGUGUGAGAGACAUGGGUUUCAUCAACUUUUACGGAAUGCAGCGAUUCGGUACAUCCUCCGUUCCCACCCAUAUUACCGGACUUUUCAUCCUCAAAGGCGAAUGGUCAUCCGCUAUCGAGUCCCUCUUGUCUCUUCGUGAAGGCGAGCAUCCCGACUGUGUAGAAGCUAGGCUUUUGUGGCUGGAAGAUGGCGACUAUGUGAAGGCUCUGGAAAAGAUGCCGAGGAGGGCCGUCGCCGAGAGGUCUAUCUGGGAGUUCUGGAAAAAGGGCAACAGGAUGGAAGACAAGACCGGAGCUCUGGGAUCUAUUCCGCGAAACCUGAGGACAAUGUAUGUUCACGCGUACCAGAGCUACGUCUGGAACUUGAUCGUCUCCGAGCGAAUCAAGCUCUCUGCUACAGAGCCCCUCGUCGGAGACCUCGUCAUCGAGAAGACCGAAGAGGAGGACGACCCCGAGAAUGUCCCUGCUCAUCGCAAGGACCGAUGGGGUCGUGCUCGCACUUGGAAGACCUCCUCGUCGCCUGUGGUCAAGCGAUUGACAGAAGAAGACAUCAAGAACAAGACACACACCAUCUUUGAUGUAGUGAUGCCCCUGCCUGGUUUCGAUGUGGACUAUCCCGGAGGCGAUAUUGGAGAGCUGUAUGAUAAGAUGCUCAAGGCUGAUGGACUUGACAAGGAUCGCAUGAGGCAGUACUCUCUCUCUGGAUCUUACCGAGUUAUUCUUCUCCGACCUCUCGCUCUCACCUGGUCUCACAUCCAGUACACUGACCCCGACGUCCCCCUCGUGCAAUCUGACGAAGACGCCAUUCUCGAUCUCAAUGUGCCAGCCACACACGACCCUGCUGGCAAGUUCCGCGCUGUCAAGGUGGACUUGAGCUUGGGAUCGAGUACGUACGCGACGAUGGUGUUAAGGGAAAUCACGAGGGAGGAGACUAGUAGUUGGUUCCAGAGGGGAAGGACGAUGAAGGGCGAGGACCAAGAGUUCAAAGGGAGCAAGAAGGUGGAGGGAGAGGAAGGUGGAGAGGAGGAUGCCGCUGCCGAUGAUGGUGAAGAUGAGAUGGCGGCCAUGAACGCCUAG